AGAACAGGCUCUGUGAAAACAUCUUUCACUUGAAAAUGGUAACGAAAUAAUGUUCACACUCAAUUGAAGCAUAGCAUAUUAAGAUUUUUUGAACAUAUGUUCAGUUCAGUUGUUGAAUUAUUCAACGUAACUUAUAUUUCUUUCGAUUGUUGUUUUUGUUUCUUUUGUCAUUUUUUAAGAGUGCAAAUAAUAAAUAUUAAAUGAACAGGACGAACACAAUAAAAAGUUCUCAGCAUGGUAAUAUAAGUAUAUGAAGAAAAUUUAAGCCUAUAUUUUCUUCUAGAUGCUUUACACAUUUUAAUAAUUUUUGCCCCACCAAAAAAAUGACCCUGGCCCGCCGAUGUAUGAUGAUCAUUCGUUUCAUUUAUAAAGUGUAUCGACAAAUAGCGACAUGAUACGUCAAAUGUUUUAAAGUUCUGAUAUGAGUGACAUCCAUUAUAGUAGACUGUUUUUAUUAUAAUAAAAAACAAAUCUAAUUUUUAAUUUUUAAUUUUUAAUUUUUAAUUGAAACCUAUAGCUUCCAUUACAUGGGAAAACGAAAAACAAAAUAAGGUAACUUGCUUUUUAGGAUAUUAUUAGGAGGUUAUGGGAAGGUUCCAGUCUAUUGAUCGACUAAUUGAAACCAAUUAUAAAAAAUUCCCGAGUGGUUGGGAUUGGAAGAACUUUUGCCAGUCAAACCGACUUAUCUAUUUUUUGUUUUUUCUCUUUUCAUCAAAGUCAAAUAUUAAUUGGAAUUUUCUUUUAGUUUCUCUGCGAAAUCUCUAAUAUAAAACACAUCCCAGUCCAUGGCUAUGUACAGAAUCUGCAAACGAUAUACAUAAUUUAUUUCUAUCAUGCUUACUCGGCUAUGUUAUUGAUAUUGAAUAUGUUUUUUAUGAAUCUACUAAUGAUAAUACAUCUUCCGGUAAAACAUUAUGUGGUAUAGAGAAUAAAUAUACACUUUUAUUUGCAUGAAAUCGUAAACGAACAUGUCAUAUUGAUAUAAAUAAUUUACGUUUUCAUACUAAUUCAACAUGUGGUUCAACAAUAAGAUUAUCUAUUAAAUAUUGUUGUUUAUCUGUAAUACAAAAACAAAAAUAUUUUUUAUGUGGACCAUCAACACAAUGUCGUCUUCGAUUAGAUGAUAUUAAUUUAUCAUGUGAACAACAUUUUUGUUUACAUUUUUACUGGCAUAAUUGUAAAGAUACACAAAAAACAUGUAACCAGUAUAUAUCAAACUCUUAUCAAGAUGUAUGCGUUAAUCAAGAUCAAGAUCAAGAUCAAUGUAAAAUAAGAUAUUAUGAACUUCCAGCAUUAAAAGAUUGUCAAUAUGGAAUAGCACCCAAUUUUUCAAUGGUUGAUUAUUUACGUAUUCCUGAUGAUGGUAUAACAGAAGAUCUUCCUCGUACUGAUAUUUGUUCAACAGGCAUAUCAGAACCAAUAACAAUUGAUCGUGGUUUUAUUACAUUCGCCUAA